AUGUAUGAAGCCCAGGACGCGAUCCUCCACUACGCCAUACCGGCUGCGCGCAAGCUUGGUCUCCAGAUUAUCUGGCUUAAUUGGGGCCUGACUGAAGAUGAUCUCGCCACCAUGCCACCGGCCGAAGUUCGCGUGUUUGCCUUUGAUGUCAACACGGAAAAGGUCGACUACGGCCUUGGAGACCGACAUGGCGACCCUAACGAUCCCGCAAACUUUCUCAAGUGCGGCGAACGGCCGAAUCUCACCAAAUUGCCAGGCACGGACCUAGGAGAAAUUGUACUCGAGGAUGGCAGCCGGGUCAAUGCCGGCCGGGUCAUGAUGAGGGGAACAUGGAACACGGCGCUGCAUGGACCCUUGGCUGGCGCGUAUGAGGAGGGCAAGAAAGCGGCCCGUCCAGACGUCUGGAUUCACAAGAAUCGCAACUCUGGUCUCUGGAACGACAAGUCUGCCUUGGGCGAGUAUCUGAGGGAGAAAGGCAUCCGUACCCUCCUAUUUUCGGGUGUCAACACGGAUCAGUGCGUCGGCUCUACUCUACAAGACGCCCAUGCUCAAGGCUUCGACACCAUCAUGUUGAAGGACGGUUGUGGAACAGAUAGCCUGCUGUAUGCAAAGGCAACGUACGAGCUCAACUGUGCCCGAUGCUGGGGUUUCUUAACUAGCUGCAAGGCCCUUGCGAAGGCAGCCAAGCUGGACUAUUAG